AGCUCGAGUGGGCCAGCUGAUCGCGUGCUGAGGGGAUCCCGGCUCCCUAUUCCUUCCCGGGGUGCCUCCUGGACCUAGGUCCAACUGGGUCCCCGCGUCCGCAGGGCCGGGGCUGCUGUUUUCGCUUGGCCUCCAGCUCAAUGGAAGAGCCUUCCGGGAAGCCCCUCAGCUGUGCGGAGAAGGAAAAGUUGAAGGAAAAAUUAGCCUUCUUGAAAAGGGAAUACAGCAAGACACUGGCCCGCCUUCAGCGUGCCCAAAGAGCUGAGAAGGUUAAGAAUUCUGUUAAGAAAACAGUAGAACAGGAUUGCUCGCUCCAGCAAGAAAUCUCAUCACAGCUAAACCACUCAGAACCUAAAAAUGAAGGAUCUCCUUAUAAGGAGUUACAAAUCAAUGUCCGUCUGGAUGGCAACACUGGAGAAAAGACACCUAUAACACUUGCUGCUGAGCCUGAGUCUUUUAACCCUGAAGAUGGCCCAGAAGAAGGAUUACGUGUUUCAGGAAUGGAUGACAUCCAAGAACAUUGUCCCUACAGGGCAAAUGGCCCUGAUAGUGAGAAAAGGCAGAGUAAGCUUCCAGGGAGAAGAAAGAAGCAGCCAAAGAGAGCACAUGUCUCACAGGAGGGCGAAUGUUUCUUUGACACUGAUUCACUCAUACUCUCUGGAAAAAGACUAAAGAAACAGGAAGCAAUCGGUAGCAAAAAUCCUAGGUCACCAAUAACUGAAAUACCCUCCCUUUCAAGUUGUAAGUCUGAAAUUCCAGAUUCUCCAGCACCACUUGUAGAAACUGAUGGAGAGAAUAUAUUAAUUCCAUCAAAUGCCAAAUCAGAAAGAGUUGAUACCCCAUUUAAAGGAAAUAAUUUCUCCAAUAACACUGAAGAUCCUUUGCAUACUAUACCAGAUAACAGUAAUCAUGAGUACCUUGAACAUAUGCCUCCUAAAGGUAAUUGUGAACUCAUUACUCAGGGGUUUAAAAACAUUAGCCUUACUUCACCCAUAAACCCGGAGGUACAAGGCCACCAAAUGACUGUCUCUCCAGAUAGCACAGUAGUAAAUAAAGCUGCAGGCACCACUGGCCAGCUGCCUAGAAGUCCUUCAUUAGAGGCAGAUAAUUCAUGUUCUGCAAGUGAACUCCCUUAUAAUAACUUACCAGCAAAGAUAAAGCAAAACUUAAAAGAACAAAAUCACACCAAGGAAUCUACCAUUAAUGCUUUUAGUGAUAGAAAUGAAAAUCUUCAAGAAAAUGAGGUUCUAAGUCAAUCUAAGAGUCUUAGCCCGGAAGCAGUCCCUUCUGUUUCUACAGAAAAUCAAAUACAUUCUUGCACAGUGCUUGAAGGCCUUUUGUUUCCGGCGGAAUACUAUGUUAGAACAACACGUCGCAUGUCCAAUUGCCAGAAGAAAGUAGCCCUAGAAGCUGUAAUUCAAAAUCACUUGGGUGGCAGGAAGAAGGAGUUUAAAAAUAAAAGUAAGGAAGCACCUAAAAAUUUAAACCCUUCCAAUGAAAAUAGUGCCCAGAGUGAAACUGAGAUUUUGGACACAGGCACAGGACAAGCAAUCUCAAGAAGUCCUCAGGAGCUUCUCUCUCCCCCUGACAUCAGCUCUCCCCCUGGGUCCACUGAAGAUAACAACUGUUCUAGGAGGGCUCUUUUGCAGCCAUCUGGUAGAAGACACAGAGGAAAAAGGAAAUCAGUCUGCACCCCAGCACUAGGUCAUAGUGAACUGAUUUGGCCAAUUUUCAGCACAUUGGGUGUUAACAGAUCCAAGGAAGAAGUCACCUUGGGCAGGCAGCAGAAUGAAAAAGCCAUUAUUCAUGGGAAGGAAGUUCAUUGUCGAAAAAAGGACUCCCUCUCUUCCAUUAAUAACGCUUAUUUAGCUUUGGAUGAUGCUUUCAGUGUUCCAUUUUAUAAAAAUGAAAUGCUAAGUUUAAAGCAACUGUUGUCUUUUCUCAAUGUCACAGACUUUCAGUUACCUGAAGACGACUUUGGGCCUCUUAUGCUUGAAAAACUGAAGUCCUGCUCAGAAAAACUUAUUGAGCCUCUGGAAUCAAAAAUGUGCAAGGAGAGGUAUCUUAAAGAGGACAAUUGUGUUGUUCUGGAGGAACUGAGUCCUAAACAAAUAGAUGCCGAAAUGGAGGACUCAGAAGAGGACCUUAUUGCUAUACUAAGAAAAGCACAUCGUCAAAUACCAAAUCUAAAACAUCAGCCUACCAACAAGGGCCUUUCUUCGUCCAUGAUACUUUUUACUCCUUUAAAUACUUCUGCAUCUGACGAUAAUAGUACACCCGCUGUGGACCUGUGUUCAUCUGCUCUCCCCAUGUUAGGCACUACUCCAGCCCUUGGUUCCCAGGCGUACUGUGAAAAAGCAUCUGCCAAGGUCAUUGGACAAACUUGCUCUGCAUCCCAGCUUUCUACCCCGGAAGACACAGUCAGCCUGGCUAGUGACAGUAAGCAGUACGACAGUUCCACCAGCUCACCCAAACUGGGAACCAGCCUGCAUGUGUCAGGUAGGCAAGAACAGCCUGCCCAUGACCAUGACUCUGGCCUCCAAGCAACACCUCUACCCACUGAGUCAUUCACUUUCAGAGAAAAUCAACUCUGUGGAAAUAGGUGCCUGGAGUUGCAUAAACAUUCCAUUGAACAGACUAAAGUAGCAGAUCUUCCCACCUGUGACAGCUUAAACCCGGGCAGCCUACAACUGAUUUCCAAGUUAAAGAAUCCUUCUGGUUCCUGUUCCGUGGAUGUGAGUGCCAUGUGGUGGGAACGAGCUGGUUUUAAGGAGCCAUGUAUCAUAACAGCCUGUGAAUAUGUAGUUUCUCUUUGGAGACCUCUGGAUACUUGGCAGUGGGAAAAAAUCUACACCUGGCAUUUCACAGAGGUACCUGUGUUACAAAUAGUUCCAGUUCCCGAUGUUUGUAAUCUUGUAUGUGUGGCUUUGGGAAGUUUGGAGAUCAGAGAAAUCAGGGCAUUACUUUGUUCCUCUGAGGAUGAAAGUGAAAAACAAGUACUACUGAAAUCUGGAAACAUAAAAGCUGUGCUUGGCCUGACAGGGAGGAGGCUCGUUAGUAGCAGUGGGACCCUUUGUGAUCAGCAAGUGGAAAUCAUGACUUUUGCAGAGGACGGAAGAAGCAAAGAAAAACAGUUUUUGAUGCCCCCUGAAGAGACUAUACUUACUUUUGGUGAGGUCCAAGGGAUGCAGGAAGCUCUGCUUGGUACUACUAUCAUGAACAACAUUGUUAUCUGGAAUUUAAAAACUGGUCAACUCCUGAAAAAGAUGCACAUUGACGAUUCUUAUCAAGCUUCCGUCUGUCACAAAGCCUAUUCUGAAAUGGGGCUCCUGUUUGUUGUUCUGAGUCAUUCUUGUGCCAAAGAGAGGGAGGCGUUGGGCAGCCCUGUGUUUCAGCUGAUUGUGAUUAACCCUAAGACGACCCUGAAUGUGGGCGUGAUGCUGUACUGUCUCCCACAGGGGCAGGCUGGAAGGUUCCUAGAAGGGGACGUGAAAGAUCAUUUUGCAGCAGCAGUCUUGACUUCUGGGACAAUUGCCAUUUGGGACUUACUUCUGGGUCAUUGUACUGCUGUCCUUCCACCCAUCUCUGACCAAAAUUGGUCUUUUGUUAAAUGGUCUGGUACAGAUUCUCACUUACUGGCUGGACAAAAAGAUGGAAAUAUAUUUAUAUAUCGCUACAUAUAAGUUAAGAGGGAAAUAACAGUUUUCUGGAGAUGUUUGGCCUCUUUUUUUUCCCUUUGGAGUACAACUGUAAAGGAAUAUCUGAAUGACGUUUAAAAUAAUUACUUGUGUCCAUCCAAAGAGACUUAUUUUUAUUCUGCUGGUGGUGGCACUACUGAUCUUGAGUAUUUGUUUAUACUUACUUUGGGGGGAAAGGGCUUUAGGUCAUUUUUUGUAUUCCCAAUAUUUGCACAUUUGCUUUUAAUAAGUGUAUAUAAAAAUUCAAAUGUCAAUAAAUAUUUAUUUUGAUAAA